AUGGUGCUCCAAAACAUUAUAACGUCGACCCCACUAAACACCAGAAAAAGCCUUGGCGGGAGUUUACUUAGGCGACGGAGUCUUAAUCCUCAAAGUAGAAUAAGUGCUGUCCGUUAUCAGGAAAGCAAUGAUGAUGACGCGGAAAGGUCCUCUUUGGUGGCUUCAGAGAAAGCAGUGGCCCCAUCUACUCCUCAAGGAUCACCUAGAAGGACUAGAGAAACUAUGACAUCAUCCCCCAUGAAAGAACAUUUUCAAGGAUGUCUAAAAUUAUAUGCAGAGAAUAAAAUCAAUAAAGACAAUGCGUGGAAUCUUCAAUUGAUUGAUUUUAUGACAACUAUGAUGCACCGGCAUGAUGCAAGGAUGGAUAACUUUCAAACAGCUUCCACAUUGGUUGAUGCUUCUUCAAGAAUUUACUCAUUCCGAGUGGAUGCUGUCCACUAUGAUGCUUUGAAAGUAGCUGGAGGCUUAAGCAAAGCUGCACAGAGUAAGCGAGGUAAGAAAGAUGACAUGGAAACUCAAGAGGAGGGCAUGGAAGAAGGAAAUGCAGCUGCACCUAAGAAAAAGAAGAAAAAAUCUAAAGGAGUUAUUGUGGCCAACCUUGAAAUGUUAAACGGAGAUUUUGAGGCAAAUGAUUGUGUUGAUCCAUUCUUCGAACGAUUGGCGGCAACUAGCGGUGAUGUGACAUCCUCUAAUCGAGCAUUCAAUGCAACUUUACCUGUCCACGAUCGGACGCUGGCGUUGAUGUUGAGAACGGAUUUACCAUUUUUAAAAUCCAAUAAAGAGAAUAUUCCCAGUAAUGUGAACUGGAACGAGAAAUAUAGAAUACCCAAGAAGUUACCUCCCUGGAGAAAGGAGGAUCAUAUUUGUGAACCGUUCGCCGGAUUUUCUAUGAAUAAUUGGGAUCCAGAUACGGAAGAUACAGAACCUCAGGUUAAUAACUGGGUGGAGGACAACAGGCUGAAUCUAUCCCAACAAGCGUUGGCCAUUGAUGUUAAUGCAGAAGUGGAGCCCAUACCGAUGGAUGAACCGAAUAACGAUCUGUUAGACGACGAGCCCCUCGGCGGCCUCGAGAGCGAAGAAGAAGCGGAUGUAGCUGUCGCAGCGUGUGUCGCGCGACUCCCGCCGACGAGUGUCGCGCGACUCACGGAUAUGAGGCCGACGUUGCCUCACCACUCCAGGUUGGAGUACUCCUACUGUGCCAUACGGACGGCCUGGGCUGGGCCUUCGCAUUGGAGGCUGAAAACCAAUAGAGCAUCGAAACCGGACCGCACCCACUCGACAGCGGCUCGAGUGACGGUGGAAAACAAGAAGGCACGGACGAAACGACAACUCGACUUCAUGGGAGCGGGUCUCGCAUUCGAUUCCACGGAGAAACCGUCGGAGGAAUACGAACCGGCACAACCGGCGAAGAUAGCCAUCAGCAGGAAGACAUUGGCCACUGGGCAUACGUGGAACGAAGCCAAUUUUAAAACACCUGUUGAUCGAGGCCUCGACGAGACCCACUUCCUGAAGCUGUGCCUCCGUAGGAACGUGAUGCUGCUAAACAAGCGUCACGUGGAGCAAAGCAAAGCGCAAGAGCCGCUCACGGUGGAGCAGCACGAUUACGACUACGACAACGAGAACGACGCCUCGUACUGCACUCAGGCUGUGCCGGAAAACAAUGAAUGGGGAAACGAAGAUGGCUUAGCGGCGGGCAGUCCUCACGCGCAGGCUGCCUUCGAGGACAAUGGGGAACUUGGGGAAAUGCUGGAACCACCCACGAAGAUACCAAAAAUCUUCAUACCCUACGCAAUGAGGGCGAAAAAAGUCGACAUGAAACAAUUGAAGCACUGUACGUGGAAAAUGCUAACGCAUCAAACGCCACCAGGCGAAAAGGAAGAUGUCUCCGAAACUAGCUUCUUCUCUCUAUAUUCGAAACUACCCGCAAAAUUAUCAAGCAACAUGCGCGAAUCUCUCAGCGUACCGCUUGCUUUAUUAUCAGUACUACAUUUGGCGAAUGAAAAGGGACUAGUGUUAGAAAAAAGUGCCGACAAUAAAGACUUUAAUAUUCUUGGCUUAAUAACGGAAAAAUAA